AUGUCAAAGUCUCAUGUAUGCGAUGCCGGCAGUGCCUUCAUCCAGACACAGCAGCUGCAUGCAGCAAUGGCGGACACCUUCUUGGAACACAUGUGCCGUCUGGACAUUGACUCUGAACCCAUAGUGGCACGCAACACAGGCAUUAUCUGCACUAUUGGCCCAGCAUCUCGCUCAGUGGAAACUCUAAAAGAAAUGAUCAAAUCUGGGAUGAAUGUUGCUCGUAUGAACUUUUCCCAUGGGUCCCAUGAGUACCACGCCGAAACCAUUAAAAAUGUCCGUGAAGCUACAGAAAGCUUUGCUUCUAACCCAAUCCUCUACAGACCUGUGGCUGUUGCAUUGGACACCAAGGGACCAGAAAUCCGCACAGGUCUCAUCAAAGGCAGUGGCACAGCUGAAGUGGAACUAAAGAAAGGCGCAGCCCUGAAGGUGACCCUGGAUGAUUCUUUCCAGGAAAACUGUGACGAGAAUGUGCUUUGGGUUGAUUACAAGAACCUUACCAAGGUGGUAGCAAUUGGAAGCAAGAUCUAUGUAGAUGAUGGUCUCAUUUCCCUGCUGGUUAAAGAAGUUGGCCCAAACUACUGUAUAACAGAGGUGGAGAAUGGUGGAUCCUUGGGCAGUAAGAAGGGAGUAAACCUUCCAGGUGCUGCUGUAGACCUGCCUGCUGUGUCUACGAAAGACGUUCAGGACCUUCAGUUUGGAGUACAACAGGGAGUGGACAUGGUGUUUGCUUCCUUCAUUCGCAAGGCAGCUGAUGUGCAAGCUGUAAGAGACGUUCUCGGGGAGAAAGGAAAGAAUAUCAAAAUUAUCAGCAAGAUUGAGAACCAUGAAGGAGUACGCAGAUUUGAUGAAAUUCUAGAAGCCAGUGACGGUAUCAUGGUGGCCCGUGGUGACCUUGGUAUUGAGAUCCCAGCAGAAAAAGUCUUCCUUGCCCAGAAGAUGAUGAUUGGUCGUUGUAACCGUGCAGGGAAGCCUGUGAUAUGUGCGACACAGAUGUUGGAGAGCAUGAUCAAAAAGCCACGCCCAACCCGUGCUGAGGGCAGUGAUGUUGCCAAUGCAGUACUGGAUGGGGCAGACUGUAUAAUGCUUUCUGGUGAGACUGCUAAGGGAGACUAUCCACUGGAGGCAGUACGCAUGCAGCAUGAUAUCGCUCGUGAGGCAGAAGCAGCCAUUUUCCACCGUCAGCUGUUUGAGGAGCUUCGACGUGUGUCCCCGCUGACCAGUGACCCAACAGAAGCGACUGCUGUUGGAGCAGUUGAGGCAUCUUUCAAAUGCUGUAGUGGAGCCAUCAUCGUUCUUACCAAAUCUGGCAGAUCUGCACACCUGGUAUCCAGGUAUAGGCCACGUGCUCCAAUCAUAGCUGUGACUCGUAAUGGGCAGACAGCCCGUCAAGCACAUCUGUACCGUGGUAUCUUCCCUGUACUAUACAAGGAGCCAGUGCAUCAGGCCUGGGCAGAGGAUGUGGACCGCAGGGUGAACUUCGCCAUGGAUAUUGGUAAAGCCCGUGGUUUCUUCAAGACUGGCGAUUGUGCCAUCGUUCUAACUGGCUGGCAGCCAGGAUCCGGUUUCACCAACACUAUGCGUGUGGUACCAGUUCCUUAA